AUGUCACGAAAGUGGAUUGCGUUUCUGGUUUUUGCGGUGAUCCUUCACCAUGUUUCUUCUGAUGCCGUAGGCAGAAUCGCCAAAAGAGGAGCGUCUGACGAUGCGAUGAGCCUCGAAAAACGCUGUCCUACUCAGUGUAAGAAGUGUGCAAAGCUGCAUUUUUGCGCAAUUAAGGAUGAGGGCGACUGCAAUACAGUUUAUUGCGUGGAGUCUGGUGAUUACUGA